AACUGUAAAUGCUAAAUGGAUCAAAGAGAUCCAAUGGGUUUAACCGGGUCAGGCUCUUACUACAUCCAAAGAGGUUUACCCGGUUCGGUUCCUCCAACGUUUCACGGAUCCUCACAGCAGCAACAAGGGCUUCGUCACUUACAUAACCAAAACUCUCCAUUCGGUUCAGGCUCCACCGGGUUCGGAUCUCCUCCUUUACACGGUGACCCUUCUCCAGCAGCAGCAACCGGAGCUGUUCCUCAUCAUGUAGGCGUUCACAUGAUCUCUCCUCCUCCUCCUCCUCCAACGAGUGAGACUCCAAUGAAACGUAAGAGAGGACGGCCUAGAAAAUACGGACAAGACGGUUCUGUUUCUUUGGCAUUGUCUUCUUCCUCUGUUUCCACCAUUAACAGCUCUAACAAACGUGGCCGUGGUCGACCUCCUGGCUCUGGCAAGAAACAGAGAUUGAGUUCCACCGGUGAGUUGAUGAUGCCUUCAUCUUCUGGAAUGAGCUUCACGCCACACGUUAUCUUGGUUUCUAUAGGAGAAGAUAUUGCAUCAAAGGUUAUAGCUUUCUCUCAACAAGGUCCAAGAGCGAUUUGCGUUCUAUCUGCUAGUGGAGCUGUCUCUACUGCGACGCUGCUUCAGUCAUCUACACCCCCUGGAGCUAUUCAGUACGAGGGCCGGUUUGAGAUCUUAGCCUUAUCAAUAUCUUAUCUUGUCCCAACUGAUGGAAGUUUCCGGAAUAGAACUGGAAACUUAUCUGUUUCUCUUGCUAGCCCUGAUGGGCGUGUGAUUGGUGGUGCUAUAGGAGGGCCUUUAAUAGCAGCAAGUCCUGUUCAGGUUAUUGUAGGGAGCUUUGUAUGGGCAGCUCCAAAGAUCAAGAACAAGAAACGAGAAGAAGAAGGUUCUGAAAAUGUUCAAGACACAAAUGACCAUCAAGCUCUGGACCACCCUGUUCCUCAACAACACACACAAGGCCAAAACAUGAUGUGGUCAACAGGUUCAAGGCAAAUGGAUAUGCGUCAAGCUCAUGCUGAUAUUGAUCUAAUGCGCGGUUGAUGAUGUCACGGUGUGUAUAUAAAGCAUGGAAUCUAGGAACAAGAAGAAGAAGGAACAUAAGCUAACAUCUGAAAUGUUUAAAUUUAUGUUGGAGCUUUGAUUCUACAUCUUUGAUUCAGUUAUUAACUGAAAGUAAUUACUUGUUUAACUUUUGCUAAUCUCAAUAUGAAUACAAAACAAGAGCCUCUUUGGUCA